UUAAUUAGUAAAGAUAACAGUCGCUAAUCACAAAAACAAAUACAACAAACCCCAGAUUAAAGACCAUUAAUUACUUUCUAAACUAAGGUAAUCUAAUCUUUUAUGUUUAAAAAGCAUCCUUUUACCCAUAUGGCCAUAUAUAGUGACUGCUCUUCUUAUAUCCAAAACAGAACAAUUUUUAAAUCUACUAACGAAUCUUGACUUUUACUGUACUUUCUUUAGUUAGAACGUUACUUCACUGUCAUUUCUCUCUUCAGCUGCCAAGAUUCUUGUUUUGGGGUCUAAAAAGAUUGUGGCUUCUUUUGUUUUUGUGUAAUUCUGAUUUCUGGGUAUGUCUCUGAUUUUAGUUUGAGUUUCAAAUGAGGAAGCACAACACAGCUUUAACAAGAUUUGGUCGAAAGGUAAAAGGUUCAUAUCAAUCUUAUGGUCUUGGUGUAAAGUUAGCUGCAGUAGUAAUCUUGGGUCUUUGUUUUAUAUUCAUUUGGUCUGUUUUUUCACCUUCUUCUUAUUCAGUAGCCUAUCAAAGGGACACUUUUGAUGAUAUUAGAGAACCUAUAUCAUCUGCAAAUAGGAAAAAGGUCACAUCUUUGGUUCCUUCAACCAAGAAAGAACAACCCCAUAACAAGAAAUUGAAACAUAGAUCAAGUUCAGGUGAGAAAAAGAAAAGGGGUGAUAGGUCUUCUUUGCCUUCAAAAUCUGGUAGUUGGCAUAGAAAUGAGAAAAGUGGAGUUGAUAGGAAGAGAAAGGGUGAGGAUCUGAAGGUACCCAAAAAGGUUGAUGAGGUAAAGGAUCAAGAUUUGGAAGGAUCUGAAACUGAGGAGUUGCAGAAGGAGAAUGAAGAAGUGAAAAUAGAAAAUGAUAAACAAGAAGAAAAGAAAAAAGGAGUUGAAGUUAAAGAGAAUGAGAAAGAAAAAGCAGAAAAUAAUAGUAAACAAGAAGGAGAAGAAGAUGAAGGAGUGGAUGGUAAAGAGAAUGAGAAAGAGGAAAUAGAAAGUAAUAAAGGAGAAGGAGAAGGAGAAGGAGAAGGAGAAGGAGAAGAAACAGUAGAUGGUAAUGAAGGUAAUGGUGAAUUAGCUAAUACUGAGGAGUUGGAUCAAGAGGCAUCUGAGAAAAUGGAGGAUGAGGAGGAGAAAUCUAGAAAUAAUGGGAAGAAGAAUAAGAAUUUAGGACCAUUAUUUGAUCCAAAAGCACAUUAUACUUGGAAUUUGUGUAGCACUAGAAGCAAGCACAACUACAUUCCCUGCAUUGACUUUGAAAGUGCAAGUGGAAAGUUGCAGAAUUAUCGGCAUCACGAAAGAAGUUGUCCUAAAGCACCUCAAAUGUGUCUUGUUCCCCUUCCUCCUGAUGGUUAUCAGACUCCAAUAAGCUGGCCUGAGAGUAAGUCAAAGAUACUUUAUAAAAAUGUGGCACACCCUAAACUAGAGGCGUUUGUUAAGAAAGGGAGCUGGGUGGUGGAGUCUGGAGAAUAUCUCACUUUUCCGAUGAACCAAUCUAUACCCAAAGGUGGAAUUCAACACUACCUAGAUUUCAUAGAAGAGAUGGUACCAGACAUUGAAUGGGGGAAGAAUAUCCGUGUUGUGCUGGAUAUUGGAUGUAAAGAUUCAAGCUUUGGGGCUUCUCUACUUGAAAAAGACGUGUUAACACUUACUCUAGGCUUAAAAAAUGAUCUUGUGGAUCUAGCACAAGUUGCACUUGAGCGUGGUUUUCCAGCAGUAGUUACCUCAUUCAGAACUCGGAGGCUUCCCUUUCCUAGUGGUGUCUUUGACGCUAUUCACUGUAACGAUUGCCAUGCAUCUUGGCAUUCUAGCGGGGGAAAGCAUCUUAUAGAGAUGAACAGAAUUUUGAGGCCUGGAGGUUAUUUAAUUUUGUCUUCAAAGCACAGUAGCAUUGAAGUUGAAGAAGCCAUGUCCACGCUGACAGCGUCAAUUUGUUGGAACAUCCUCGCUGAUAAAACUGAUGAAAUCAGUGAUAUCAGGAUUAAAUUAUACCAAAAACCGCAAGCAAAUGACAUAUAUCAAUUGAGAAGGAAAAAAGUUCCACCUCUAUGCAAAGCAAAUGAGAACCCAGAUGCUUCCUGGUAUGUGCCAAUUAAAUCUUGCUUGCACACAAUUCCUGAAUCCAUAGAACAACGAGGAACCGAAUGGCCUGAGGAGUGGCCAAAGAGACUUGAAACUUUUCCCGACUGGAUGAACAAUAGAGAGAAAUUGAUAGCAGACAGUGAGCACUGGAAAGCUAUUGUUGACAAUUCUUAUCUAGCUGGCUUGGGUAUUGAUUGGUCCAACAUUCGAAAUGUAAUGGAUAUGAAAGCCAUCAAUGGAGGAUUUGCAGCAGCUCUUGCACAGCAGGAGGUGUGGGUGAUGAAUGUUAUUCCUGUACAUGCACCAAACACCCUUCCAAUAGUAUUUGAACGAGGACUUCUUGGCAUGUACCACGAUUGGUGCGAGGCUUUUGGUACCUAUCCAAGAUCAUACGACCUUCUACAUGCAGAUCAUCUCUUCUCAAGACUUAAGAACAGGUGCAAGCAUCCCAUUGUGAUUGUGGUUGAGAUGGACCGUAUAUUACGGCCUGGUGGCUGGGGAAUUAUACGUGACAAGGUCGAAAUACUUGAUCCACUAGAGAAAAUAUUGAGAAGCUUGCACUGGGAGAUACGAAUGACUUUCGUGAAAGACAAGGAAGGCAUCCUUUGUGCACAAAAGGCAAUGUGGAGACAACAAAAACCUUCAGCAUUGUCAAAAAGAUUCAUGUUUACUGAUCCUGAUAAUGGAAAAUUCAUGAUCAAUGAUGGUGACUACCUAGUUUCCAGGCUGGGCAAUAAAACUGCCACAUGCACUGGGGAUAAAAUAUUCAUGUUUACUGAUCCUGAUAAUGGAAAAUUCAUGAUCAGUGAUGGUGAUUACCUAGUUUCCAGGCUGGGCAAUAAAACUGCCACAUGCACUGGGGAUAAAUAUAUAGGGUUUGGGAGGGAUAUUUUUGGAGAAAAGGCUGAUGGGUUUAGUGCCAAAGCUUCAAGUUAUACAAAAAUGAUCAAAUCUCCUUCGCUUGUAAGAACAAAUUCUAAAAUACCCAUCAUGUCCCUAUCACUGUCUUCUUACCCCACGCGCUUCGCCAUCCUCACUCUCCUCUCCGCCACCACACUCUACUUCUUCUACAAAUCACGCCGUCAUCUAUCCAAACGCCUCAAAUCCUUAAACCCCACUUGCCAAAACCCUAAUCCUAAAACCCCAAGAGGCAAAAUCUUCUUUAUAUCCCAAACCGGCACUUCUAAAACCCUUGCAAAUAGUCUUCACAGUUUGUUAAACCUUAACGGGUUUGAAUUCGAUCUUGUUGACCCGAAAGAUUACGAGCCUGAGGAUUUGCAUAAAGAAAGCUUUGUAGUUAUUGUAGCUUCUACGUGGGAAGACGGGAAACCACCUCCAAAUGCUGGGUUUUUUGUUGAUUGGUUAACUGAGAGUGCUGAUGAUUUCAGGGUUGGAUCUUUGUUGCUUAGCAAGUGUAAAUUUGCAAUCUUUGGAGUUGGGAGUGGGUCUUAUGUUGAAACAUUUAAUGCUGUGGCUCGUGAUUUUUCGAAGAAGUUGAGGAAACUUGGUGGGGUUGAGGUUUUAGAGGUGUGUGAAGGUGAUGUCGAUGAGGGUAAUUUGGAUGAGGUUUUUGGUAAGUGGAGUAAGAGGGUUGUUGGGGUUUUGAGUAAUUUGGGUGAGAAUGGUGGGUAUAUGGAGAAUGGAGUUGGUGAUGGUAGUGAAGAUGAAGCUAUGAGCGAAGGAGAUGAUGACGAGGAAGAUGAUGAUGAGUUUGAAGAAAAUGACGAGGGGUCAGAAAUUGUUGAUCUCGAGGAUAUUGCGGGUAAAGGGCCUUCAAGAAAGAAAGGAGUUGGAGAUAAGUUAGUUAAUGGGAAGGUGAAUGGUGGAACUGUGAACGGAGAGAAGGCAAUGGUAACUCCAGUUAUUAGGGCAAGUUUGGAAAAACAGGGAUAUAAAAUAAUUGGUUCGCAUAGCGGUGUGAAACUUUGUAGAUGGACAAAAUCACAACUUAGAGGGCGCGGAGGUUGCUAUAAGCACUCAUUUUACGGCAUUGAGAGUCACAGGUGCAUGGAGGCCACUCCAAGUUUAGCAUGUGCGAACAAAUGUGUUUUUUGUUGGAGACAUCACACAAACCCUGUUGGGAAGAGCUGGACGUGGAAAAUGGAUGAUCCUAUUGAGAUUGUCGACACAGCUAUAGAUUUGCAUACCAAAAUGAUAAAACAGAUGAAAGGCGUUCCAGGUGUUAAAGCUGAGCGCUUGUCUGAGGGUCUUUCUCCUAGGCAUUGUGCCUUGUCACUGGUUGGUGAGCCUAUUAUGUAUCCAGAAAUAAAUUCACUUGUAGAUGAGCUGCACAAGAGGCGGAUUUCGACUUUUCUUGUAACGAAUGCGCAGUUUCCUGACAAGAUUAAGUUAUUGAAACCAAUCACACAGUUGUAUGUCAGCGUAGAUGCUGGUACAAAGGACAGCUUAAAAGCAAUUGACAGACCACUGUUUGGAGACUUCUGGGAACGAUUUCUUGAUUCCUUGAAAGCUCUCAAGGAGAAGGAGCAAAGAACUGUUUACCGUUUGACACUCGUUAAAGGGUGGAACACAGAAGAUGUGGAUGCAUAUUCUAGUCUAUUCAGCAUUGGAAAACCUGAUUUCGUUGAAAUCAAAGGUGUCACUUAUUGUGGAUCGUCGGCUACAUCAAAGUUGACAAUGGAGAAUGUCCCUUGGCAUUCUGAUGUGAAGGAAUUCUCUGAGGCCUUGGCUAAAAAGAGCAAUGGGGAGUAUGAGGUUGCUUGUGAGCACGUGCACUCUUGCUGUGUUCUUCUGGCUAAAGUCGAUAAGUUUAAGAUAGACGGACAAUGGUUCACGUGGAUAGACUACGAGAAGUUCCAUGACCUGGUAGCUUCUGGAAGACCCUUUACGAGUAAGGAUUACAUGACUCCUACACCAUCUUGGGCCGUCUAUGGAGCUGAGGAAGGCGGGUUUGAUCCAGAGCAAUUGCGUUAUAAGAAAGAACGGCACCACAGAUCAUCUCGUAGGGAAAAUGGUUCUUGAAAGUUGCACAAGUUGUCACUGAUAUGAAAAUUGGCCUCGUCAGUUGUGACUGAGGCUUUUCUUUGAGCUGUUAUAAUCAAAUCAUCUGUAUUACUUAGCAAUGUAGGAUACGAAUACCAUUUUUAGACACAGUUGUACAUUUGAAUACUAAUGCUUAUAAGCUCAAUUACGACUGAA